GAUGGCGUCCCCUUCGUGUUAAUGAGGCCAGGUGUGUGUGUCGCAGAUGAUGUUGGCGUAUAUGGGCGUGGGCGUGGCGUGGGCGGCCGUGCUGGACUCUUCUCCGGACAACUUCGUAGACCCCAACCCGUCGUACGCUGUGACGUGGGAGGUGAAGAACCAGCCCACCUACGAUGAGAAGUCUCAGCAAGAAGCGUUAGAAGAUGGCACUGUGGAGGGGCGCUACUCUUACCUGAGACCCGACGGUAAGAGGCAGACCGUCAUUUACCGCGCCAACGACGAGAUCGGCUUCGUGGUCGACGUUCAAGUGGAGGACGUGAUGCAGCCGUUCGGGGAUGCCGGACGACCUGCCUCAGCUGACGCUACAAGUUCAGGCCGGUCCUUGGGGUCUAAAUCAUCUUCAGGGGCUUCUCGUGUAGGAGGAAAAUCAGUUAGUUCAUCUUUGUCCUCUCCAUCGCCAUCAAGAGGGAGGGCCAUAGCCUCUCGUGGUUUCCCAUCGUCUUCGUCACCAUCGUCGUCAACAUCAUCAUCUUCGACAUCUGGCACAGGACGAGCCUCCUUCAACGGUAUCAACCGAGUCACGGCGUCGCAGAAUGUCAGGCGGCCGACAUCUACAGCUAAAGUCCCUCCAGCAGCUGCACAACGCACCGCCAAGCCAGUCCUCCAAUCUUCGCCUGUGGGACGUCCUUCUGCCACUUCUGCUGCUAUACGACGUCCUUCUGCCACUUCUGCUGCUAUACGACGACCUUCUGCCACUUCUGCUGCUAUACGACGACCUUCUGCCACUUCUGCUACUGCACGACGACCUUCUGCCUCUUCUGCUACUGCACGACGAUCUUCUGCCACUUCUGCUGCACGACGUCCUUCUGCCACUUCGGCUUCUCCACGACGUCCUUCUGUCACUUCUACUGCUGCACCACGUCCUCACUUUCCCAAAUCUAAGCAAACAGCACCUGUGGUCCCUAGUGCUGUUUGGUCAACUUCUGUUUCACAACGAACAUCCGCUCAACGUCGUCCCGUCACACCAGCUGUCGCACAACCCACAUCUGCCAGGCCAUCCGCCACACGACCUGCUGCACCCGGAGGCGUGAGCAGCCCCGUGAUCCUGGCUCAGUCUGGGAGGAGGCAACCCAUCAGCAAAACACGUACGACGCGUCCCACACCUCCACCUCCUUCGUCCACCUCGACACUCCCUCCGCCUCCACCCACUACGACUACUACUCCUCCACGCCCUCCACUCAGAAACACGAACCCCAGUCUGCAGUCUGUGGGGCGUGGGAAGAGUGUGGGGAGCGCAGGGAGAGGGACGAGUGGGUUUGGGGCGUCAACAGGCGUGGCUCACGUUUCCUUUAGCUCCCCGACCCACCAGUACUCCUACCCUCUCGUGGUCUCCUGAUCACACACACACACUUCUGUAGCACCUCAAACAAACCGUAUUAUAGUUUGGUAUCUUUUAGUCAAUACUGUAGUUUUAUACAUAAAUAGUUUCAUACAUGUAGGAACUGGACAGUAAGACACAUGGCUGUAACGCUGUCAACAACAACUACUCAAGGUGUGCAUUAGCAUACAUUAAAACGUGGACCAUAGUCACCACACUGUUACUCACGGUGGAAAGUUUGCAGUAAACACUGGUCGAGAAUCGACCUUUUUGCACUUUUCUCCAUACGAGAAAUUUGAAACUAAAUCCAUAAAACACACACACACACACACACACACAACCUCCCCUUCCUUAGUCACCUCACUAAUGGUGCUGCAAUCUAACAACCGUUUCGCAACUUCUCGUAUAAGCCAGACGCUCCCCCGGCUUGACACAUUGCUUACCUACCAGUGAAAGAAUUUGAAGUCGCAUGACGUUUGAACAACUGAAGCUAAAGCGCUCCACCACCCCCAUUGACUUAUCAUUGAAACUCUACAAGGAGUUCUCCCCGGAACUAGCUAAACACCUCUGCUCCAUCAUCAAUGCUUUCCUCGGCCAAGCAGGAUGCCCAGCUGACUGGAAGACUCACUAUGUUUCACCAGUGCCCAAAUCCUUAAAUGAGUUACUAUAACCAUUACCAUCACCCCAGUACCCAGAUUAAUCUGCGAAUAUGCUGAUUUUACAGGCGCCAUAGCGAUGUGGCAAGAUAAAAAUUUCCUCCAACACCCACUGUCUCGUUAGCUUUCUCGACUACAUAUACCACUAUUUGGAAACACGAAAGACGUCUGUGGCUGUCGCAUUCAUUGACUUCGCCAAGGCAUUCGACCUUGUCAACCACAAUUUAUUUAUCAACAAAGCUAUCAACCUCGGGUUUCGGAGGUCUUAUACCAUGGCUUACAGACUUCCUUUCGUGACCGACGCCAAGCCGUACGCUUCCGAGGGGCUGUCUCCACC